ACACACAUCUCAAAUUAAUAAAGUAGGAUUUAGCUUUGACCAAAAAUAGAGAAAAACCAAAAGCAAUAGUAGUUAGUUUUUGGUUUGGAGCUGUGUAGUUAUUGGUUUUGUUCUUACCAGCCGGCGGCACAAGGAAACAAAACACACACGCACAAAAAAAGAAAAAAAAAAUGAAUACUACUAGAAAGUCGGUGUUUGUACAAAUGUGUUCGUAAUUUACCUGAUCCAUCCAUCAUCACUUUUCUCUUCUCUUUUCUUUUGUUUACACACACACACACACACACACACACACACACACAUGCUCCUUUCUCUCAAUUCAUAUCAUCAUCAUCAACCCUAAAUCAAACCUUUAACACCACCACCACAACAUAAAAACACAACACACAUACACAUAUUCUUACACACAAACAAAAAACAAAGAAAACAAACAUAGUGUUUUUAAAAUGGGGCAAGAAAACAACUUAGCACAAAAGAGAACAACAAGCACAGGAGGAUUACCAACAACAACAAUAACAUCAUCAUCAAGAAACCGAACACUGCCACGUGGACGUCAGAUCCAGAAAACAUUCAACAACAUAAAGAUCACAAUUCUCUGCGGUUUCGUAACUAUUCUCGUCCUACGUGGCACUAUCGGUGUCAAUCUCGGUUCAUCUCAAAACGACGCCGUUAAUCAGAACGUAAUCGAAGAAACUAACCGUAUUCUCGCUGAGAUCCGAUCCGAUUCCGAUCCCAGUGAUCGGAAUCAAACCGAAACGUUUCUUAGUUUGAAUGAAACUUAUGCGCUUGGUCCUAAGAUCCGUAAUUGGGAUACGGAGAGAAAAAAAUGGUUAACUGAUAAUCCUGAAUAUCCUAAUUUUGUUAGGGGAAAACCUAGAAUUUUGCUUCUUACUGGUUCUCCUCCUAAACCGUGUGAUAAUCCUAUUGGUGAUCAUUAUCUUUUGAAAUCUAUCAAGAAUAAGAUUGAUUAUUGCAGAUUGCAUGGAAUUGAAAUUGUGUACAACAUGGCUCACUUGGACAUGGAGCUUGCAGGUUACUGGGCCAAACUGCCCAUGAUUCGGAGGCUCAUGUUAUCACACCCUGAGGUGGAAUGGAUUUGGUGGAUGGACAGUGACGCAUUCUUCACUGACAUGGUGUUUGAGCUUCCCAUGAGUAAAUAUAAUGAUUAUAAUCUGGUUCUUCAUGGGUAUCCUGAUUUGUUGUUCGAGCAGAAUUCUUGGAUUGCAGUGAACACAGGGAGCUUUUUGUUUCACAAUUGCCAGUGGUCCUUGGAUUUACUCGAUGCUUGGGCCCCUAUGGGACCCAAAGGCCCGAUUCGGGAGGAGGCUGGGAAGAUUUUGACAGCAAAUCUCAAAGGAAGGCCGGCGUUCGAGGCUGAUGAUCAGUCGGCGUUGAUAUAUCUAUUGUUGUCUAAGAAGGACAAAUGGAUGGAAAAGGUGUUUCUUGAGAAUUCUUUUUAUUUGCACGGUUAUUGGGCUGGGUUGGUUGAUCGGUACGAAGAGAUGAUGGAGAAGUAUCAUCCAGGAUUAGGGGAUGAGAGGUGGCCUUUUGUGACACAUUUUGUGGGGUGUAAGCCUUGUGGGAGUUAUGGAGAUUAUCCAGUGGAAAGAUGCCUUAGUAGCAUGGAGAGGGCUUUCAAUUUUGCAGAUAAUCAAGUGCUUAAGCUCUACGGCUUUAGGCACCGUGGAUUGUUAAGCCCUAAAAUCAAGCGGAUCAGGAAUGAGACGGUAACUCCUUUGGAGUUUGUAGACCAGUUUGAUAUACGAAGGCAACAUACAAGCAGCGUGGAAUCAAGAAAUUAGAGCAAGGUUUCAAAUUGCAAUUGCAAUUUUUGAUAUUAUGAUUGUUAAUUGCAGUCAAUACAGCCUCAAUUGCUGUCACGACACUAGAGAAACAUUGAUAUUUGAUUACAACUGAAACAUUCAUGAUGCGGGGGUUAUAGAAUGUAAUUUAAAACCACGAGGAAAGUAACAUGUUUGGGAUGGUGAUGCUAUAGGCAAUAAUUAUAAGUGAGAUAUGAUAUGGAGACGGUGGACAUGUAACUUUUUCUUUUUUGUUAUGUUGUCUUGGUAAGUUAAAUCA